CAUGAUCUGGUCUAGCGUGUAACCGCGGUACAUCAGCACUCCUGAGGGGGGAGGGACAUUAACACUGGUUCAUGAUCUGGUCUAGCGUGUAACCGCGGUACAUCAGCACUCCUGAAGACAGCGAAGAUUACGAGUCAAGAGGACAGCCGAGAUCCAACACAGGACCGAUGGUGACGGUGACGUUAGCGUACAAAACAGCUGGAGGUGCCACCGGCGAGGACAUUAACUGCUAUCUUUGAUGUACUUACACUUUGGUGUACCUACUUGAUUCAGACAAGAUGGCAGAAGCAAGUGGAACGAUCACUGCAAAUGCAAAGUAUGAGACUGCCUUUAAGUAUAAACAAGAUGGCAAUGAGGCAUUCAAGGCAAAAAACUUUAAGCUUGCUAUCCGUAACUAUCACAAAGCGCUGCUGUAUAUCCGGGGGAUAGACCAGCACGCAGUGAAGCUGCCCGCCAUGCUCGGUAACGCUCGCCAGCAGCGCGACAGGGAACAGAGGCAGAGCGAGCUCACCGAGGAGCUCACGGGCAGCGUGGAUGCCCUCAAAGUCGACACGUACAACAAUCUCACAGCCGCCCUGCUGCAGUGUGAGGACAGGUUCGACCUGCAGAAGAUCCUCGAGUACUGCGACGAGGUGGCUGAGCUCAGUCCCAACAACCAAAAGUGCCUGUUCCGGCGUGGCCAGGCGUACGCGCGCGCCGGAGACUACGAGGAGGCCGAGCGGUGCCUGCUCAAGGCGCGCGAGCUGCUCAAAGAGAAAGAUCCGGCGAUUGAGAAGCUGCUCGUCACCUGCCGGCAGAACCUCAAGGUGCAGCACGAAAAGCAGAGGUCCAUGUGCCGGAACAUGUUCGGAUCGUGACCGGGUGGUCCCAGAGGCUGACGGUCACGUGCUCGAUCACGUGACAACCGGGACGAGUUAUGUGACUGAUAAUACAGAGUCACGUGACAGCCGUUCCGGGUCACGUGACGAAAGGGGUUGGAUCUCAGCGGUGUGUGAUGCGUCUUCCAGGCCGAUGUCAGCGGAUCAGCCCUGGCAUUGGUAGAUAUUUGUGAUGCUCAGAGGCUGAGAGGGAGGAUGUUUGCCAUGUUCAGAGACUGAGAUGGGAGUUCUGAAGUUGCCGGCUGUCGUACUUGUGUGACGGUGUCUGCUGUGUCACAGAGACAUUGAAAAUGUUACAUUGUCCAGCGGCUAUGUUCCGCUGGUCCCAUGAGGAGUUGUGAGUUAACACGGAGUUUCCCACUUUGUUGCCAUCAUUGCAGUUCACUGUUCGUAGCUGCAGCUAACCACUGGUUUGGUGUGCAUAUGCACGCUGCAAAACCGUCGCUAAAAUGGCUGUGUGUUGUAGAUAAGCAUAGCUUGACAAUUGACAUCGUCCACGGGUUGUUCCAGCUCAUUUCGAGUAUUUGUCCGAUUGUCUGUUACUCAGAGCUGGGUCGACAGGUGGGGACUCGACUGUUGCGUUCGGAGAGGACUGUGUCUGGCUUAGCAACUGUGACGUUGCUAGGGGGGGGGGGGGCGCUACGUGUUCGUUGCAAAAACGGAAUGUUAGAUUGGCAUUGUUCUGCACGGUCUGUUUGUUAUCGCAUCAAUAUAUUUUUGAUGUUUUGGAUCAA